UAGAAGCGGAUGAGAAUGGGUCUUUUGGAGUACGAAAACCAGAUAUUCCUUGAUGGAUAUCACGAGGAUGGAUUGACAAUUCUUGCAAAGGGUCUUGGCGUUGAUAGGAUAUUCUUGAAUUUCCUUAAAGUUUACUGUGACGAGUCAAACAUAGUGUUUGUUAUCGGCACAUCUUCAACAGAGGAAGAGUAUUUCCUUGAACAACUAGAAAAUGACAACGUGAAACCAUUACCGAAAGUGAUUACCAAUGAAAUCAGUUCAACUGAAAGACAGAAUGUGUACCUGAAGGGGGGCGUGUUUUUCAUUACAUCACGGAUCCUGGUGGUCGACCUUCUCACAGACCGAGUGCCCUUGGAUCAUGUCACUGGAGUUUUGGUCUAUAAAGCUCACAGAAUAAUUGAAUCUGGACAAGAGGCAUUCAUCCUACGACUUUUCAGACAAAAGAACAAGAAUGGGUUUAUUAAGGCUUUCACCGACAAUGCUUGUGCAUUUACUGUGGGAUUUGCUCAUGUGGAGAGAAUCAUGAAGAACCUGUUUGUCCGCAAAUUGUUCCUGUGGCCGCGGUUCCAUGCUAAUGUGAUGACCUCCUUGGAGAAACAUAAGGUAGAUGUUGUGGAGAUUCAUGUCCAGCUGACAUCUGCUAUGCUGGCUUGUCAGACAGCAGUACUCGACCUUAUCAAUGCCUGUAUACAGGAGCUUAAGAGAUGCACAACAGCUAUUGAUGCAGAUGAGAUCACUGUGGAAAAUUCUAUAGGCAAGGCUUUUGAUACAAUCAUUCGCAUGCAACUUGAUCCCAUAUGGCAUCAGAUAGGACCUAAAACCAGACAACUUGUAUCUGAUCUCAAAACUCUACGGCUUAUCCUCAGACAUCUGACCCAGUAUGAUUGUGUAACCUUCUACAGCAUGGUCAACUCGGUCAGAAGCAGUGAAAAGACAUUUGGUCAAAACACAGGAUGGCUGUUUCUAGAGGCUGCUGAUAGUCUUUUUAUGCAUGCUCGUGAAAGAAUUUAUGGCCCAUCAGAUCGAAAACAGAAAGAAGGCGGAGAAACCAAAGCUGAUCCAGAGCCUGUCUUUGAGCUCUGUCCUAAAUGGAAGAUUUUGACUGAUGUUCUGAAGGAGAUUCGUGAGGACAACAACCAGCGAGCAGCUGAUCAGGACCCUGGCCGUGUCCUCAUUGCAGCUGAAGAUGAUCGCACCUGUAGUCAACUGAGAGAGUAUCUCUGUGAGGGAGGGCAGAGCAUGCUGGUACGUUUAUACAACAAGUCAGUGGCCAUUAAAGGUCAGCAGCUGGAGGAUGAGUUGAAGAAAGUAAAGUUUGAUAGAUUUGCUAAAGUACAAGGGAAAAAGCAGGAGAAAUCGAAGUCUAGCUCAAAUGAUGCUGGCCUUACACUCACACAGAUGCUACAUAAGGAAGACAUGGAUGUAGAUCUGGAUGACAACAACAAGCCUUCUGGUGCUGCCUGUACCUCUCAGGAUGCAUACUUCGGUCUGAUUAAGGAACCAGUUACAGUGAUACAUCCCCUCCAUGGUGGCUCAGACCACAAAGGGCUCACUCGGACCUUACAAGAGAUCCAGCCCAGAUAUGUCAUCCUCUAUGAUGCAGACAUGCAGUUUGUACGAGAGCUUGAGGUGUUCAGAGCGAGCCAGCCAGGAGUUCCUUUACGUGUGUACUUCUUAAUGUAUACAGGGUCUGUUGAGGAGCAACGCUACCUCACCACACUGAGGAAGGAGAAAGAGGCUUUUGAAUUCCUCAUCAAGGAGAAAGCAACCAUGGUUAUACCAGAGGAACAAGAUGGGAAAUUGGAGGAUGAUCCUAAUUUAUCAAGGGACACAACUCCUGCUAAUGCAACUGUCAACACACGAAAAGGUGGAGCUAAACCAUCACCUGUGCAACAGAAGAUAAUUGUAGACAUGAGAGAAUUCCGAAGUGAGUUGCCAUCCUUAAUCCACAGACGAGGGAUAGACAUUGAACCUGUUACAAUAGAGGUUGGUGACUACAUUUUAACACCAGAUAUUUGUGUGGAGCGUAAGAGUGUCAGCGAUCUUAUCGGCUCAUUGAAUUCUGGCCGACUGUUCAACCAGUGUGUUUCAAUGUCUCGACAUUACAAGAGACCUGUGCUUCUGAUCGAGUUUGACACCAAUAAGUCCUUCUCUCUUCAGGGAAAAUACCAGCUCUCAAAUGAUGUUUCCAUACAAGACACUAUCUCUCGCCUGGCCUUGUUGACUCUCCAUUUCUCUAAACUUCGUAUCCUAUGGUGCCAAAGUCCGUAUGCAACAGCGGAGAUCUUUGAAGAGUUAAAGAUGGGACGUCCUCAACCUGAUGCUGUCACUGCAAUGGCUAUUGGGUCUACAGAGGAUGGAGAGGAGUGGUCUGAUCUAUACAGUCAUGCCCCUCAGGAUUUCCUGCUGAGAAUGCCUGGGGUAAAUGUUAAGAACUAUCGUCUCAUUAUGAAAAAAGUUCACAACCUUGCAGAGUUAUCUACCCUGUCAGAAGAAAAUCUCACUGAAAUCAUGGGAAAUUCAUCAAAUGCAAAAACUCUAUACAUGUUCCUCCAUUCUGAGCAUAAGAAAGGAGAAAUUUCAGAAAAACUGAAUAAGCCAUCAAAAUCAGACUUCAGAAGAGGAUUUAAACGGAAAAAGUGAUGCACUUAAAUUAUUGAUAUUGUAUGUAUUAGAAAAAUCAUCGUAUUAUGUACGUAUGUGACCAUUCAACAUUAGAUACAGAAUCCAUCCUUAUUUCAGUAUGCUGUAUCUAUCUAGCAAAAAAAACUUGUGAUACUCAGAAUUGAGAAGUUAAAUUACCAUAGAGUAAUGAUGCAGUAUAUUUUGGUAAUACAUUUGAGUGAAUUAAAUACUACACAAGAGUUUUUGCUUUUAAAUACAGAGGCCAAUCAUAUUUUGUCUGUGAUCAUUAGCCGAGAUUCAAACUAGUUUACAUGUGAUGUUAAUUCACUAAUCAUUAAUUAACAUGUAUUUAUUAUUCAGCUUCUGCCACAGGAUUUAUAGCACAUUCAGAAUGUUUAAAAUCACAUGAUCCUCCAGAGUACUUUCAUCUAUGUGUAUGAAUGUAUCAAAUGUGUAUGUGAAAUUGUUUGAGAAAAAAUGGACUGGUGAUAGAGCAUAAAGUUAUGUUUCACAUUAUUAGUAGGUCCAAACAUAUUUCAUUUUAUCCGAGGAUCAAACUUUGUUGAUAUGAAUUCCAAGCAGCACCAUAUUCCCAACAGUUCUCUCUGAGCUAUGUAUAGAAAAUCAGGUUUUUGUAUAGUCCUGGUCUGUUAUACUUACUUUGAACAACAAUUUCGAAACUUAUGUGUGCCUCAGUUUUAAAAAACUCAUUUUUUUUAUUUAUCAAAAAAGAAUCAAUCUGAACAUACAAUGUAAGCUAUUUGAUUGUUAAGAAAAGUAAGGUGGUAAGACUUAAGAAGCACAUGUAUUCAAAUUCAAUUAUUAGAAGUUUUAGUUUGAAUCUCGGCUUUUAUUUCCUGAAAUUGCCAGCAUUGAUUUAUGAUGCUGUAAAAUAUCUAUUUAUUUACAAGCAAUAAUAUGAUGUUAUUGCUUAAACCUAAUUUAUUUUUCAAUGAAAUUAAAGAUAAAUGACAUUUUC